AUGGCUGCGGAUGGGGCGGCGGACACUCAGCUGAUGCUCGGAGUCGGGCUGAUCGAAAAGGACACAAAUGGAGAAGUUCUGUGGGUUUGGUGUUAUCCUUCCACGACAGCUACUUUAAGGAAUCUGCUGCUGAGAAAAUGCUGCCUCACAGAUGAAAAUAGACUCCUCCAUCCCUUCGUCUUUGGUCAGUACAGAAGAACAUGGUUUUAUAUCACAACAGUUGAAGUUCCAGAUUCUUCAGUUUUGAAAAAGGUGACUCAUUUUUCUAUUGUUCUGACCGCCAAAGAUUUUAACCCAGAGAAAUAUGCCGCCUUCACUAGGAUAUUGUGUAGACUGUACCUGAAGCACGGGAGCCCGGUGAAGAUGAUGGAGAGUUACAUCGCGGUCCUCACUAAGGGGAUCUGCCAGAGCGAAGAGAACGGCUCCUUCCUCAGCAAGGACUUUGACGCCCGAAAGGCAUACCUUGCGGGCUCCAUCAAAGACAUUGUAUCUCAGUUUGGAAUGGAAACCGUUAUCUUACACACAGCACUGAUGCUGAAGAAAAGAAUUGUCGUCUAUCACCCCAAAAUAGAAGCUGUCCAGGAGUUUACCAGAACCCUGCCUGCCCUGGUGUGGCAUCGACAGGACUGGACCAUUCUCCACUCGUACAUGCACCUGGACGCCGAUGAGCUGGAAGCCCUGCAGCUGUGCCCAGGUUACAUUGCCGGAUUUGUAGACUCGGAGGUGAGCAAUAGAUCAGACCUGUAUGACGUGUUUGUGAAUCUGGCAGACAGUGAGAUUACCAUUGCCCCACAUGCGAAAGAGGCCAUGACAAUGGGCAAACUGCACAAAGAGAUUGGCCAUCUGAUUGUUCAGUCUGCAGAAGAUCCAGAGAAAUCGGACAGCCAAGUCAUACAGGACAUUUCCCUAAAAACAAAAGAAAUCUUCACCAACUUGGCACCGUUUUCAGAAGCUUCAGGCGACGAGGGAAGGCGUGUUCUCAAUCUGGAGGCACUAAAGCAAAGACGGUUCCCGCCAGCAACGGAAAACUUCCUUUACCACCUGGCAGCCGCCGAGCAGAUGCUGGAAAUCUGA